UGCGGUGCGGUGCCCGGCGGGGAGCGGCCGGGCAGCCCCUGCGGCCCCCGCCUCCUCCGGCAGCACGGGGGAGGACAGCAGCUAGAGGGAGCUCCUCCGGACCGCAUCUGCCCGUGCGCCCCGGUUCCUUUCACAGGCUCCCCCGCCCCCUCCCCUCCCUCCUUCCCCCGUGAUGGCGGAGGAUAGCGAGUCUGCAGCCAGCCAGCAGAGCCUGGAGCUGGAUGACCAGGACACCUGCGGCAUAGACGGCGACAAUGAGGAGGAGGCCGAGCACGCCAAGGGAAGUCCUGGAGGGGAUUUGGGAGCAAAGAAGAAGAAAAAGAAGCAGAAGAGAAAAAAGGAGAAACCAAAUUCUGGAGGCACCAAAUCAGAUUCUGCGUCUGAUUCCCAGGAGAUUAAAAUUCAACAGCCUUCAAAAAAUCCAGCCAUUCCAAUGCAGAAGCUUCAAGAUAUCCAGAGAGCAAUGGAGCUGCUCUCUGCAUGCCAAGGCCCAGCAAAGAAUAUUGAUGAGGCUACCAAACGUAAAUACCAGUUUUGGGAUACACAACCUGUACCUAAACUUAAUGAAGUUAUAACUUCACAUGGUGCAAUUGAACCAGAUAAGGACAAUGUCCGCCUAGAGCCAUAUUCUUUGCCACAGGGUUUUAUGUGGGACACUUUGGAUCUUAGCAAUGCUGAAGUUCUGAAGGAGUUAUACACACUAUUAAAUGAGAAUUACGUAGAAGAUGAUGACAAUAUGUUUAGGUUUGAUUAUUCACCUGAAUUUCUUCUGUGGGCAUUACGUCCUCCAGGCUGGUUACCCCAAUGGCACUGUGGGGUUAGAGUGUCUUCGAACAAAAAACUGGUAGGAUUCAUAAGUGCCAUCCCUGCAAAUAUUCGUAUUUAUGACAGUGUGAAGAAAAUGGUAGAAAUCAAUUUUUUAUGUGUCCAUAAGAAACUGAGAUCUAAACGGGUAGCACCUGUACUGAUUCGGGAAAUAACCAGAAGAGUAAACCUGGAAGGGAUUUUUCAGGCUGUUUACACUGCUGGAGUGGUACUCCCCAAACCUGUGGCCACUUGCAGGUAUUGGCAUCGAUCACUGAAUCCCAGAAAAUUGGUGGAGGUGAAAUUUUCACAUUUGAGUAGAAACAUGACUCUACAAAGAACAAUGAAGCUCUACAGACUUCCUGAUGCCACAAAGACUUCAGGUCUGAGACCAAUGGAACAAAAAGAUACUAAAGCAGUACAAGAAUUAAUCAACACUUACUUGAAACAGUUUAAUCUUGCUCCUGUGAUGGAUGAAGAAGAGGUAGCCCAUUGGUUCCUGCCUCGGGAUCAUAUUAUUGACACUUACGUAGUAGAGGGCUCAAAUGGUAUUUUAACAGACUUCCUGAGUUUCUACACAUUACCUUCAACAGUGAUGCACCAUCCUGUUCAUAAAAGCCUCAAAGCUGCCUAUUCCUUUUACAAUAUUCAUACAGAGACCCCUCUCUUGGACUUAAUGAAUGAUGCACUCAUUAUAGCUAAAUUGAAAGGAUUUGAUGUGUUCAAUGCACUAGACUUAAUGGAAAACAAAACAUUCCUGGAAAAACUCAAGUUUGGGAUUGGAGAUGGAAAUUUGCAGUAUUAUUUGUACAACUGGAGGUGUCCUGGCAUGGAAUCUGAAAAGGUUGGUCUUGUAUUACAAUGAGGACUCUCUACGUUUCUAGAACUCUAAGGUCAUCGUUUGAGUUAAUUUGAUCUCCAUAACUCUUGGAACGGUAUUGUUCAAGAGGAGUAAAAGCACAAUGUCAGUGAUACUGAAAUAGUCCAUUAAACCUGAACAACGAAGACAUCCAUAUGUGACCAAAUUUAUGCAUUUUCAGAUAGAUCAGAAGGUCCAUGAAACCCUCUUAUUGUCCAUGAAAAGAAUAAAAGCACAUUCAUUUAAGUUUCAAAGCUUAGCUUGCACCUUGAUGAGAAGAAGGUAUUUUUUUCCACUCUGUAGAAAAGACUGUUUUGUACAAACUGAACUUCAGUGGUGGAUUAGGGUACAAAAAUAUUUGCUAUUAUGUGGAUGAACUGCUGCAUUUCUAUUUAUUAAGUGGUGGUGUAUGUUUGUCAGUGUAACAGAAUGAAGGAUACAAACUUGAGUAUCUUUGCUUAUUUACUUCACAUGGAUAUCAUCAUUUUGAGGAAAAUCAUGAAGUACGAUGCGUUUGUAGCUCUAUGAAAGUCCUGGAUGUUUUUGUAACUGGAGCAGUAUGACAAUGUACUGGUUUAACUAGUGCAUUUGUUUCUCCAUAAGCAACGCUGCCAAAUCAAUAAAAAUACAGAUUUGUACUUUGA